AAAUUUUCCUGAUCUUUUUCAAAUUUGUCCUUUUUCCAAAGUUUAUACUCUUCUCUCCGCACGCACAAAACAACUCCAAUUCCUUAUAUUAAUCCGUCCAAAAGGAAUUGUCCAAUCGUUAAUUGAGUUAAAGAUAAUUGAAGAAGGACGGAUCUCUAAGAGAAAAAAUAAAAGAGAAGAAGACAAAUGACGGUUGUACCUGCUACAAGUACAGGAGCUGUACAACAAGCUUCUUCGGAAGACAGAGCACAAGAUCCUCGAGUAAUUGCUCUGAGUGGGGCACUCGCUGGGUUUCUCGCCGGUGUUGUUGUUUGUCCCUUGGAUGUUGCAAAGACGAGACUUCAGGCCCAGGGAACGACCAAUUCCAUGAAAUACCACGGUAUUACUGGUACGCUGUCGACGAUUGUCAAAGAGGAAGGAGUUCGGGGCCUGUAUAGAGGUGUUGUGCCCAUUGUUCUCGGUUAUUUCCCAACGUGGAUGAUUUACUUCUCCGUUUACGAAAGGGCUAAAAGAGUGUAUCCAAAGAUUCUCGGUGAAUAUGGUAUAGAUAACGAAUUCGUCACGCAUUCUCUCUCUGCUUUCACCGCUGGCGGUGCUUCAUCGAUUGUGACAAAUCCUAUAUGGGUUGUGAAGACGAGACUUAUGUUACAAACAGGUGAUGGUAAGUCCACAUAUAAUAACAAAGUGUAUUAUAGAGGUACGAUCGACGCUUUCAAAAAGAUGUACAAGAAUGAAGGAUUGCUCGUAUUUUCCAGUGGUCUUGUUCCUUCUCUAUUUGGGCUUUUCCACGUUGCGAUCCAUUUCCCGGUAUACGAAGAAUUGAAGAAACUGUUCAAAUGUGAUCAGCAAGUGGAUCAUAGGUUACCUCGACUCAUCGCAGCCAGUGCAUUAUCAAAGAUGUGCGCAUCAACGCUGACAUACCCUCACGAAAUCUUGAGAACCAGAAUGCAGAUACGAACCAUCAACAGGAACAAGCAUUCCUUGAUAAUGACUAUUGUUAAGAUAUGGAGGAAAGAGGGCUUCUUUGGCUUCUAUUCUGGAUUCACGACUAAUUUAGCAAGAACUGUUCCUGCUAGUGCGGUUACUCUCGUGAGUUUCGAAUACAUUUCACGAUACUUUGCAUGUAAGUCAUUUAUUUAAAAAGGGGACAAAGGGCAUUUAACUUAUUUUACUUAUUAUUAUUCUUAUUUGCAUUGACGAUGGAUGUCAUUACUUGCAUACAGACAACUCCUGUCUUUGGUGCAGUGGACAAAUUGAUUUAAAAAUGGAGAGGACAAGAAGAGACUUGAAACUAAGAUCCCGUGGAUAAGAAACGGCGUUCAAUAAAGACAAGAAACCCUGAAAUGGGAAUUAGACACAUAUUCUUAUUACAUAAUCACAACAUGUAAAUGCCAACAUGA